AUGUCAACUCACAAAACAGUCAUAGAAGCUACUGCCGCACACGAUGCAUUUCUUGCCAAGAUUGGAUCAAAAAUAGUAAUAUUGAGCAAAGAUGGAACCACAAAAUCACUUGCGUCUGCAAUUUUCCUAGACCAAAAAGGCAGAGGCAAGAGCAUAUCUACAUUACCCACACAUUUUGUAAAGCCGCUCAAACAACGCAGUCUGCCCAUUAUUGCUAAACGAUUCAUUCGAAAAAAUGGGAAACUACCCAAUGCAUUAGCUGCUAAUUCUGAACAAAACGGCUCUGUAAUGUCCGUAUCCAUGUCAGAUUCAUCGGCCAUGCACCAUUAUGCGAAUCUUGACAAGAGCAGCAAGUCUAAAAAUGGAAAAUCAUUGGCUCAAAACAAUUCUAUCACCAAGAAACAAUCAAACCAAGAGGAAAAAAGUUUCUUGCUACCAAUUCAAGAUGCCAGUAAUUGUCAAUCAAGUGUCAAAGAGUCUCCAUCAGAAGCCAUAAAUCCACCAUCAAUAUCCAAUCGCUCGAUAACUGAAAACUCGCAUAUUUCAAAUUUCAGCACUAAAUCAGAGCUUUUGUUAAAUAACAAGGCAGUAUACUUGGAUGCAAGUUCUAUCCCCAUGCAUAGUCCUGCAUUGGACCAACGGCAAAAAGGCCCUCAAAAUCCAAAACAAAUUAUGCUUCAAAAACAGAGAAAAAUUCGAUAUGGAAAUCUUAUUUUUCAAACUCAAUCCAACACAAACUCUAAAGCACAUGAUUUGCAAGCUGUAUCUACAAACAUAAUUGAUUCAAAAAAUUCACUUGCAAGCUUUUUUCAAAAAGUAGACAGUAUGCACUGUAAUACUGCCAGCAGCAAUACUUGUAUUCGCCAGACAUCAAUAGAAGCAUCCCAUUCAAACUGUAGUCGCAUUAAAAGUGAACAUCAAAAUGAUUGCAGUAGUACUGAUGAAACUAGAACUAUCAAUCCUGUCAACCAAAAUAUAGAUGUGUUAAACCAAUCAGUUCUGGAAAGCACCGUUGAAGCUAUAUCACUAGACAGCAGCACAAAUGUACCCUCUCACAUCAACGAUCAUCCAACUUAUGAUGGUGGCCAAAUCCCUGAACCUAAAAUUUUAUCACGUACCGCAUUAAAUAAAGUUGAACACGGCAGUCAAUCACAGACAAACCAACACUAUAUUGCAUCUAGUGUGGUGCCUGAUUCAUCCAAAUGCAUACCAAAUGCUACAUCUGAAAUUUCAGCCGCGUUGGCUCUUUAUGCAUGGACAGGUGCAAAAGCAACCUUAUCAACCAAAUGUCUUGCAAAAAAUACGUCCAUCUCUGGACCACAAAACGCUAUUCAAGUAAAACAGACACCAUCACUCACAUCAACUCGAACACCCAACUACUUGGAAAAAAACAGGAUUGUGAUUGAAUCACCCUCACCCCUUACUCCAUUAAACUCUAAGCCACUUUUUUACAGUCAUACUGUAUCCACAAACGAAACUACCCAACUCGAGAGUAACGUGCUGGAUCGUAUUCGCGAGUGGACAGCGUGGGAUGUUGCCAUGCUGCGCGAAUUAACUCAUAUGAUUGAACCAGUUUAUGCAGCAGACAAGCUGCAUGAAGCAGCAUCAAAUGAGCUAAAUGCAAAAAUAGAAUUGAAGCCAUCUACCGACUCUGAAAACACAAAAAGUGAGGGAAAAGAAACCUUGCACAAUCGACCAUUUAAAGAUCAUAAGGAUGCCAAGCAUAACAACAUGCACAUUUCAUUCAAACUUUGUGACUACGAUAUCAACAGUUGUAGUGGAUCUAUUUUGCAAACACUCUGCUCUACAGACAAUCAUACUUUUGAAAAUGACUUUGAAGCUUCUAGCUUAAUGAAUCCAAGUGAUCCACUGUUGAAGCCAAUACAGAGCAUUAUCCAUAUCCAUCAAAACCAAAAUCCCAAUAUUCCAAAAUCUACUGGAAAUCACGACACUCGCAAAUACGUUCGAGGUAUUAAUGGUGGUCUAGAACUCACAUCAAAUUCCAAGCCUGCUCAAUCAUCACAGUUUUAUGACAAUGGAAUGAAAUCCCCUCGAUCUAGCUCGACAGCUGGACUACGUCAACUCAUAACGACAGCUAUUAAUCCCAAGUCUUACACACCCGAAGUAAUUGACUCGUACACUCAGCAUGGGUUUCAACCUACUCCACAACACUAUCCAUAUAUGCGCAAUUUGCCACCUUCGAUCCCAAACACAAACUUUAAUGUCGUGUCUAUCAAUCCAAACCAGUGCACUUCCUCUCCUGCCGUAUAUUCUCAUCGUGCAACUCUAGAUCCAUCAGUCAUUAAGCGACCAAAAUUACCAAUUAAAAAAAGCAAGAGUCAAAAAGUGGGUCAUGAAGCUACUGGCGGUAUGGCGCCUCGGAAUACUGGAGUAAGUGGUAAGCCAAAACACAAAUCUAAACAACUCGAACCUACUCGUAAAGCUAUACCCCAACAGCAUACAUCGCUACAAUGCAAUACUGAGUCGGUGGAUGAAGAUGAAACAGAAAUUGACAAUGAUUCUAGUACUCCUAUACCAUCCACAGACUUACCGUUAUCCAUUGCAUGCACGUUUACAAACCCAUUGAAAAGCGCAGAUGUGGAAAUAAAGGAAACUCGAGAUUUCAACAUGGACAGCGUGGGCCAGUACGUUUUAGAUUCAGAGCAUGCGAAUGCAAAUACUACUGCAAUUGAAUUUUCAAAUAAGCAUUGGGAUGAUCCGGAUGUAGAGGCAUCAACAGAUAAUAUGGCGUAUAAUCUGUGGAAUGAGAUGCCUAUGCCGUAUUUGGAACAAUCUUCCGUGCCUGAAGCACCAACUCUUCCUGAUUCAAAUUCAUUGUACCAUAUACCAGUACACCACUCGAAUACUAAGCCAGCACAACUGUCAGCCUCUUCUAUUGGCAAGACACUUGGAGUUAAAAUGGGCAGUCUGGGUCCUGACAAAGAAAACGAAACAUAUUUACAAAAGCUGGAAAAACAAAAUAGACAAAGAGAAUAUAGCAAUCAGGUCAGAACACUAGCAAUGGUAAGCUAUUCCAGACAAGGCAAUACCAGAUCUUUGACCGACUCUCCAUCCACUCCAUUUGAUGAACAAAGAAUUGACAGUAGACAAUCCAUUAGCGAAUCAGGAUGGAAUAAUAAUGAAAAAUCAGAAUCAGUUUUGCAGUGGUCGCAUACUAAACGAUCAAUACCCCUGCGUGCACCUAGCUCGGUUGAAUCAAAAACCAAACUACCAGUUAUAUUUCAGCGCAAUCCAGUUGCAGAACAGUUGGCUGAAGCACUUUCAAAACGAGAAAAAAUGAAAGCUUAUGCUGCAGGAGUUCGCAAAUCAACACAUGCAAAGUUUUUUGAAAAGUCCACGUCAUCUUCAGCACAAGGAGAGACUCGGUUUCCUCUCAUUUCACUUGCCAAAAAGAGUAUGAGUUUGAACGAAGCAGCAUUAUGCUCAUUGAAGGAAAUUAAAAAUCUGGAAGAUACACAUGUACGUGAUAUGGCAGCAGCAGAUUCCAUUAGAAAGGAACUUGGAUUAAAAGUGUAA